UGGUAUCAAACAAGUAUGGCCAAGAAGCUGUUGUUGUGCGCAUCGGCACUCGUCGCCGUCAUCGUCCUGUUCAGCAUGGCUUCGCCCAGCGACAGCGCUGCAGAGCCCAAGAUCACCCAGAAGGUCUACUUUGACAUUGAGAUUGGCGGCCAGAAGGCAGGCCGUGUCGUCUUUGGCAUGUUUGGCGGCGUCGUCCCUAAGACUGUCCGCAACUUUGUCGAGCUCGCCACCGGCGAGAAGGGCUUUGGCUACAAGGGCUCUGGCUUCCACCGCGUCAUCAAGCAGUUCAUGAUCCAGGGUGGCGAUUUCACCCGCGGCGACGGCACUGGCGGCAAGUCCAUCUAUGGCGAUCGCUUUGAGGACGAGAACUUCCAGCUCAAGCACACCACCCCCGGUCUCCUCUCCAUGGCCAACGCUGGCCCCGACACCAACGGCUCCCAGUUCUUCAUCACCACCGUUGUUACUUCUUGGCUCGAUGGUCGCCACGUCGUCUUUGGCAAGGUCAUCGAGGGCAUGGAUGUCGUCUCCCGCAUCGAGGGCUCCCAGACCGACGGUCGCGACAAGCCCGUCAAGGCUGUUGUCAUUGCUGACUGCGGCGUUCUCUCCGAGUAAAGCCAAAAGCCUUGUUCCGCUAAUCUAUUUCAGCCUUCCUCCUCCUCUGUGCCUCUCUCUCUCUCUCUCCCCUUCUUGUCUUGUUUUGCGUAUCGUGUGGUCAAUCCGUGUGUUUCAAUCAAUGUCCCUAUCGCAA